CCGAGGGGCCAGAAAAAGCACAGUCGCGGAAGCAAAAGCAAGCACCGUCAUCGGAGACCCACAGAGCAGAGCAGGGGAAGAGAGAGAGAGAGAGAGAGAGAGACCGCGACCUCCGUCGAGCCCCCGAAGGAGAUGGCGCCGGAACCGGAAGACGAGAUCAAGGACGAGAAGAACCCCCGCCCCCUCGACGAGGACGACAUCGCCCUCCUCAAGACCUACGGGUUGGGACCUUAUUCUACUAGUAUAAAGAAAGCCGAGAAGGAGAUCAAGGAGAUGGCUAAGAAGGUCAAUGACUUGUGUGGUAUCAAGGAGUCUGAUACUGGCUUGGCUGCACCCAGCCAAUGGGAUCUUGUUUCAGACAAACAGAUGAUGCAAGAGGAGCAGCCUCUUCAGGUGGCUAGAUGUACCAAGAUAAUCAGUCCAAAUACUGAAGAUGCCAAAUAUGUCAUAAAUGUCAAGCAAAUUGCAAAGUUUGUUGUUGGGCUUGGUGACAAGGUUUCACCCACUGACAUUGAAGAGGGCAUGCGUGUGGGUGUCGAUCGGAAUAAAUAUCAGAUUCAGAUUCCCUUGCCUCCGAAAAUUGACCCAAGUGUGACAAUGAUGACGGUGGAAGAGAAGCCAGAUGUGACGUAUAAUGAUGUUGGUGGAUGUAAGGAACAAAUAGAGAAAAUGCGUGAAGUUGUUGAGUUGCCCAUGCUUCAUCCAGAGAAAUUUGUGAAGCUUGGAAUCGAUCCUCCCAAGGGUGUUCUCUGUUAUGGGCCACCAGGAACUGGUAAAACACUUCUAGCAAGAGCUGUCGCUAACAGAACUGAUGCUUGUUUUAUUCGUGUCAUUGGGAGUGAGCUUGUUCAAAAAUAUGUCGGUGAAGGAGCUCGUAUGGUUCGAGAACUAUUUCAGAUGGCACGAUCCAAGAAGGCUUGCAUUGUGUUUUUUGAUGAAAUUGAUGCUAUUGGGGGUGCCCGUUUUGAUGAUGGUGUGGGUGGAGACAAUGAAGUUCAACGAACAAUGCUUGAAAUUGUAAACCAGCUUGACGGUUUUGAUGCUCGUGGUAACAUCAAAGUACUUAUGGCAACAAAUAGGCCAGACACUCUAGAUCCUGCACUGUUGCGUCCUGGAAGAUUGGAUCGUAAGGUCGAAUUUGGUCUUCCUGAUUUAGAGAGCAGGACACAGAUAUUCAAGAUUCACACGCGAACUAUGAAUUGUGAGAGAGACAUUCGGUUUGAACUUCUUGCUCGCCUUUGUCCGAACUCUACUGGAGCUGACAUAAGGAGUGUCUGCACGGAAGCAGGAAUGUAUGCAAUCCGAGCCCGCCGGAAGACUGUGACGGAGAAAGACUUCCUUGAUGCUGUGAAUAAAGUCAUCAAAGGUUACCAAAAGUUUAGUGCUACGCCGAAAUACAUGGUCUACAAUUAAAAGGGCUGUUCCUUUUUUAUCAUCUUUUUCUGCUUCGUUUUGUUUUCUCCCGAAGCUGAAAACAUUCAGCCCCAGCCGUCUCUUCCAAGCUUUAUUUGAAAGUUAUCUUGUACUAUAAUUUCUCUUUUAAGUCAAACUGAUAUUCAGCCAAAA